AUGGCAUCACUCUUCCGCUGGGCAUCGAGCGUCUCCCGUCGGGCUCCGUCACCCGCCAGAACGUUUUCAAGCCUUCGCUGUCAGCUGCUGCCAGAGAGUCAGAAGAUUGAGGAAGAGACGCUUCCAGACUACCUUGCAGAACGGUUUUACCCUGUUCACAUCGGCGAAGUCCUUGCUUCCCGCUACCAGGUCGUUGGGAAACUAGGUUACGGCACCACAUCCACAGUUUGGCUGGCGAGGGAUCUUACUCAACAUCGUCAUGUUGCCGUGAAGGUCUUCAUCCGAUCGGCAGCCUUGGGUGCUCGGGUAGAUCAUGAACGGAACGUGUAUCAGCGUAUCAGCAGUGGAUCGCGAAGCCAUCCUGGGCGAGACGCGGUGCGGCCAUUGCUGGACUUCUUCCAGCUAUCAGGCCCAGAUGGCGAACACCAAUGCCUCGUUCAUCCUCCUCUCUGGGAGAACGUUCGGACAUUUCUUGCCCGCAACCCGGUAGGAAGACUCCCGAAGCCAGUCCUUGGCAUAGUUCUAUAUCGUCUAUUCCAGGCUUUGGACUACCUCCACAACGAAUGUCGCAUUGUCCACACAGGCAAGUUUACGUCUCUCCAUGGUUUUUCCACACCAGCACAAGCGCUUACACAAGAACACCUAGACAUCAAGUCAGACAACAUCCCCCAGCCCCCGAAAGGAAGUCGACGGAAGGUUCAUCUACGUCUCCCGGCAGGUCAGAAACCCAAGGAUAUUGGGCCACCAGUAUUGUGCGACUUUGGGGGUGCGUUUUUCGGAGACAUACUCCACGACAAUGACGUCCAGACAGACCAGUAUCGAUGCUCAGAGGUUAUCCUUGAGAUCCCAUGGAGUUGCAAGAUUGACAUUUGGAAUGUCGGAUGCACGAUCUGGGAUAUCUUCGAAGGCGGCCUUUCGUUCCGCGGCACAGAUCUCGAGCUUGGAGUCUACCGUGGGAGGGCUCACCUUGCCGAGAUGAUUGCGCUCCUAGGACCACCAACCCCGGAGUUUCUCAAUCGAGGUAAACUAAGGUCAAAGUUCUUCUCAGAGUCUGGCGAAUGGCAAGCUGGCAUUAAGCCCUUACCACCGGUAUCUCUAGGGAAAUUGGAGACAAACUUGGAAGGCAUGGAUAAGGAGCUAUUCUUACAGCUGAUGGGUAAGAUGCUUCAGUGGGCUCCUGAAGACCGCGCGACACCGAGGGAGCUUCUGAACGAUCCAUGGGUAACAAAACAGGUCUUUGGCUAA